UUACUCUGUCUGAAUAGCAUCCACCCGAUCGCUAUCUCACGUUGUCACGAGUGGAAUGGCUCGGAGCAGGAGCUUGAGGCCGCCGGCGGCGGCGGCAUUGCUCGUCAUCCACCUGGUGGCGCUCACGGUGCUGCUCCUCGCCGGCGCCGGCGGCUGCCACGGCGCGCUGCUGAAGGCGCACUUCUACCGGCGCAGCUGCCCGGCGGCGGAGGCGGUGGUGCGCGACAUCGUGCUCGCCCGCGUCGCCGCCGACCCCGCCGCGCUCCCCGCCAAGCUGCUCCGCCUCUUCUUCCACGACUGCUUCGUCAGGGGGUGCGACGCGUCGGUGCUGAUCGACUCGACGUCGGGCAGCACAGCGGAGAAGGACGCGGCGCCGAACGGGUCGCUGGGCGGCUUCGACGUGAUCGACACCGCCAAGGCCGUGCUGGAGGCCGUCUGCCCCGGCACCGUCUCCUGCGCCGACAUCGUCGCGCUCGCCGCCAGGGACGCCGUCUCAUUCCAGUUCGGUCGGGACCUGUGGGACGUGCAGCUGGGGCGGCGCGACGGCGUGGUGUCGCUGGCGUCGGAGGCGCUGGCCAACAUCCCCUCGCCGUCGGCCAACUUCACCACCCUCGAGGCCAACUUCGCCAGCAAGGGACUCGACGUCAAGGACCUCGUCAUCCUCUCAGGCGCGCACACCAUCGGCGUCGGCCACUGCAACGUCUUCGCCGCCCGCCUCUCCAACUUCGCUGCCGGCGCGGACCCGACCCUCAACGCCGCCUACGCCGCGCAGCUGCGCGCCCAGUGCGGCCCGUCCGCCUCCAGCAACAACGCCACCGCGGUGCCCAUGGACCCCGGCAGCGCCGCCCGGUUCGACGCGCACUACUACGUGAACCUCAAGCUCGGCCGCGGCCUCUUCGCCUCCGACGCGGCGCUGCUCACGGACCGCCGCGCCGCGGGCAUGAUCCACCGGCUCACGAGGCAGGGGUACUUCCUCGAGGAGUUCAAGAACGCCGUGCGCAAGAUGGGCCGCGUCGGCGUGCUCACCGGCGGGCAGGGGGAGAUCAGGAGGAACUGCAGGGCCCUCAACAACUGAUCCAGCCGGGUGUCGUUCUUGGAAGCUGGUUUGUUAUUUACUUAGCUUUUAUUUAUUUUGGGGGAGAAGGGGAGUAAUUAAUAUAUAUAUAUAUAUAUAUAUAUAUAUAUAUAUAUACACACAUGUAAUUUGGGGAGAAGGGGAGUAAUUAAUUUGUCCUUUUCUCGUUGUACCAGUGUAUGACUGUUCUGAAAUAUCGAGAUCAGUGUAUGACUGUUCGGAACUCGAUAUUGUUUUUUAUAUUUUGAGGAUGAUGUUUUAGUGUUUUCUUAGCUCGUAACACAGAAUUUUUAAUUAAAACUACAAUUUAUACA